AUGGGGGAGAAGUCUGAAGUUCUGGAGGCGGUGUUGAAGGAAACUGUGGAUUUGGAAAACAUACCCAUUGAAGAGGUUUUUGAGAAUCUGAGAUGUAGCAGAGAAGGCCUCUCCACUGAGGCUGCCCAGCAGAGGUUAGAGCUUUUUGGGCAGAACAAGCUUGAAGAGAAGAAGGAGAGUAAGUUCUUGAAAUUUCUGGGAUUUAUGUGGAACCCCUUGUCAUGGGUUAUGGAAGCUGCUGCUAUCAUGGCUAUUGCUCUUGCCAAUGGCGGAGGGAAGCCUCCGGAUUGGCAAGAUUUUGUGGGUAUUAUCACUUUGCUUUUCAUUAACUCAACAAUUAGCUUUAUUGAAGAAAACAACGCGGGAAAUGCGGCUGCUGCUCUCAUGGCUCGUCUCGCUCCCAAAGCCAAGGUUCUUCGAGAUGGGAGGUGGAAUGAGGAAGACGCUGCUGUUUUGGUGCCUGGAGACAUAAUUAGUAUUAAGCUUGGAGAUAUAAUUCCAGCAGACGCUCGUCUUCUCGAGGGUGAUCCUUUGAAAAUUGACCAGUCUGCUUUGACGGGUGAGUCUCUUCCUGUGACGAAAGGCCCUGGGGAUGGUGUUUACUCUGGCUCUACCUGCAAGCAAGGAGAAAUUGAAGCUGUGGUUAUCGCCACAGGGGUUCACACCUUCUUUGGCAAGGCUGCUCACCUUGUUGAUACUACUAACCAAGUGGGCCACUUUCAGAAGGUCUUGACAGCAAUUGGGAAUUUUUGUAUUUGUUCCAUUGCCGUGGGGAUGAUAGUAGAGGUCAUUGUGAUGUAUCCCAUUCAAGAUAGGCCCUACCGCCCUGGGAUUGACAAUCUUCUUGUGCUUCUCAUUGGAGGUAUUCCCAUUGCUAUGCCAACGGUUCUAUCCGUAACAAUGGCCAUAGGUUCUCAUCGCUUAGCCCAGCAGGUUGGCUGGGAGCUAUUACAAAGAGAAUGA